GUACACAAUCUUAGCAAUAUUGCCUGUUUGUAGAAGAUUAAGCAACACACGCAGCUUAGUGUGUUACUGCUCGUCGUCUUUACUCAGCUCUCCUGGGUCAGCUAAUGUGCAAGGACAGGAAUGUAUUGACUCCUUACUGGACAUCAUGAAUUGACUGACAUCCCAGAUCUGCAGGGUUUGCCAGAAACCUUGCAACGGAACCAUAAAAGACAUGAGGUUUCAUCCACUAUUGCUGCUCUUCUUUACAUCCUUACAGAGGGCAACUUCUCAGGUGUCUGAAUGGAUCGAAGAAGUAGAAGUUAGUGGUGACACAGAAUGGAUUGCCCAACCAGAUUUUCUUGGGGACAUAUACUGGUCAGGGACAGCACCACUUUGUGUGUCCGGCUGCAAGGCACGCCACCGGGAGCUUAGGAGGGACCCAUGUGGAGACUCCAACUGCUGCUGGCUAGGCUACAAGUCCCUGUGCAGAGUGAACUGCGGCAAGCCAGAUGUGGAUUACAAUGGAAUCGUAUAUGGAAAUGACUGGUGGGUAGGAUCUGUGCUGAGGUAUUCUUGUCGGCCUGGCUUCAUGCUGGUGGGAAACGCCAACAGGACUUGCCAAGCAAAUGGCCUCUGGACUCCCAAACCUUCCUGCCUCAGAAUGUGCAAAAAGGGCUCCAUUGAAAUCAGUGAGCGGGAACUCAAUGGGACAUGCAACUCUACAUGUGCAUACAAAAGCUACUCAGGGCCUCCCAAAUUAGGCUGCACUCAGAUAAACAACUGCAAGAAGAAGGAAACUGGCUGGAAGCGUUUCUUUGCUCAGUGUAUCCCUUGCAUCUGUGACUGUGCGUUAUCUUGCCUAUCCACCGGCUAAUAUAUAAAGACACCAAUGGGAGACAUCUGGAGAUACAAAUGGCAAAUUGUUCAUCUGAACCAACUGUGCUGUAAAAUGGAACAAGUAAUGUUCGGCAAUUAUUGAAUCAAGUCAAGUCACAUUUUUCCUUCUCUUUAUUUUACAGUAUUCCAAGAUUUUUUUCUCAAAGUGUACAAUUUAAGUAGGACCCAGGAUGGAUUAUUAUUAUCACAGUAUACCUUAUGCUUACCCUACUUUGUGGUUUAUUGGACAUUAAGGUGAACCACAUGAGUGGAAUGAAACUGUAGAUUAGCGUUUCCACUGCUUUGUCCAUCUGUCUCUAAAGGAGCUGAAACCUUAAUCUCAUUGCAAAAGGGAGGAGCAUUACUGGGAAAGACAUGGGUCACUUUUAAAGGAGAAAAUGUUGGUGAGUUAAUUUUUUAUAAGCAACAUGCUGCAGGAAGGUCUGAAAAAUGGAAUGGCCCCAGAUUAAUUUUGUCGGCAAAAUAUUCAUUUUCAGCUUGUAAUAAUGAAAUGUUGAAGAUGCAGCAUUGCCUCUGCUGUUUUUGCCCCUUGAUUUAAAUGCAUCUUUUACUUUAAUAAUUUAGUUUUCUUUUUAAAGAUGCAAAUGGUGUACUUGCUAUACUCAACCACCAGGGGAUGCUGUUUUCAUUUUUUUUUUCUUAAACCUAUUUAAGCGAAAAGAUGUUUUCAUAUUUUCAUAGUGACGUCCCAACACUUUUCAGGUGAUUUCGUGCCAUCCACUGAAGGUAUUUCAAGACUAUUUGGCCCAAGUACUGAAUCUCAACACAAUGUGUUCAUUUUCUGAUGGUACGUAGCAGCCAAUUCCUGUAAAAGGAGAAAAAAAAACACAGAUUAUAACUGCUCGGAUUAUGUAUGUUCAUUUUACAAAAACUGUCAGUACUUGGUUCAUUAAAACAAAAUCAAGGUGAUCUUUUGUGGUUCUCAUGAGUAAGAUUGUGUUUUCUGGUGGCUAGUGGACAACGUGGCAUUAUAAAACACAUUUUUUAUCCCAGGAUGACAACACCAAAAGCAAGGGCGUAGGUUUGCAUAGGAAAGGUGGGGACAUAACACUACCAACUUUUCAUGAUGCUCAAAUUGUCCCCACCAACUGUUAGGCAACCUUAUUUGCAUUAUAUAAUACAGUGCCCUCC